GUGGGUGACGUUCCUGUGGAGUUGCACAAUCUUUCCUUUGUUGAGAAACUUGCAAUUGCUAGAUGCCGUCACAAUGCAUUCAUUGUUAAGGUUGACAAGGGUCAAUGUAAAAUGAGGGUGAAUGCGGUCGUUUUUGCGCAACCAGUCAGAACAUUUUUUGAUGUGCUCCCGCCGCCUCAGUCCGACCUUGAUUUGUGUCUUGCAGUGUUAUUUACUGGUCCGUGUCAACCUACUGAUGAUGACUUCAAAUGCACUUCACUUUUGCUGCACCAUAUGGCUGUCUAUGCUGCUCUUCAUUGGCUGCGAUUGAAUCAUGCUGAUUACCGUGAUGUGAUCGUGUUUGAGGACAACCUCGCUACAUAUUUCGAGCGUGUUCCUCCUAUGUCAGUGAUAUAUCACUGA